ACCGAAUGCUCGUCUUCACGCAAGCUCCGUGGGGCCCCGCAUAUUCCAGAGGCCAAUUCAGAAGAGGGCCGAGAGCGCCCGGCAAUUCAGCUUCAGGCCAGAUCGAGUUCGGCAUCCGACCCGGUACUCGACGAUAGCAGGACGCUUGCCGGACACCAUGAAUCUGUUACAAGUAGCACCCUACAGCGACCUACUCAGUCACUCGCGGUACCUGCUCACUUUGCGCUCGGAGCAAGGCGCAUACCAUUCCUUGAUCCUUUUCCGCCUGUCAGGAUCGUCAGACACAGCGGUGCACGAGAAAUAUGCAGACUCGAGCUCGUCCCAAGGCUCGCAACAUAGCCAGUUGUACGCGAUGGAAUCGACAUGUCCCCACCUUGGUCUAGACAUGUCUCACGCAGAGAUCGAGGACUGUGAGUCUAGCGUGGUGGCUGUCUGUCCAUGGCACAGAUAUGAUUUCGACCUACGGACUGGUCAUAGUGAGACGGGGCUUAAGGCGUGUACCUACAAGGUCGAGAUACGUUCGGACGAAUCUGCUGUGGAAAAGGUUUGGGUCGAGACGCCAGAAGAAGGACACAACUGGAGGUUAGUCGAGCUGAGGCCGGUCUCUGAAGAAUUCGCGGAUCCUCCUCCUACGAAAGAGACCCUGCACGAGCAUGGGCUGGCAACCAAUCUACCCAUUCAAGACGAGAAUAUUGUGCCCCUUGACAAUCACCCGAAGACGUUGAUACAAUGGGCAGUCCUGAUCCUGAAUACGGCUGAUCCAACAAUGAAGGUCCAACGAACAAGGCACGCAGUUCAUAUGUUCCGCACAGGGCAGUUAUCGUCCAUAGGUCAAAGGGGCUCGAAUGUGCCUCGGCCUCCGGACCUCCCACCUCGGCACGAGGCUUAUGUGAAGAACACAGUUGACCCCAGUAAGAUUGGACGGAGAAAGAAUCGAGCUGUUAUGUUACAUGCACUCGCCAAUAUUGAGCAGUGGGCGAUUGACCUCGCCUGGGAUAUUAUUGCCCGCUUCGGCCCCAUCCAUCCAGACCUCCCUCCAGCUUUCUAUUCCGACUUCGCGAAGGUUGCGCUAGACGAAUCAAAGCACUUCAGUCUCCUCUGCUCCCGGCUGUCCGCCAUCUCACCCGAAACGCCAUACGGCUCCCUGCCCGUACACGCCUCCCUCUGGGAGUCCGCAUCCAUCACCUUCUCUUCCCUCCGCGCGCGCCUCGCUAUCAUUCACCUCGUGCAGGAGGCCCGCGGGCUGGACGUAAACCCCGCGACUAUCGAGAAGUUCCGACGGCAGGGGGACGCGGAUAGCGUGAAGGUGUUAGAGGUGAUACACACGGAUGAGGUAACGCACGUCACGGCGGGCCACCGGUGGUUUACGUGGAUGUGCGCGAAGGAGGGCGUGGAUCCGGUCAAGACGUUCAGAGAGGAUGUGAGGAGGUGCUGGAGGGGCGACGUGAAAGGCCCGUUCAACGCCCAGGACCGGGAGAAGGCGGGGCUGACGAGGGACUUCUAUGAGGACCUGAGGGGAGAAAUGGGAUGGGUGGGUAAUAACGGUCGGUACAGAACGGAUUCUCAACCGGCGGAAACGCUGGAAGGACAGACUGCUGCUGUGCAAGUGGAAUACGAGAAGGAACGCCGUUGAUGAGCUUUCAAUUAUUAGUUGUCAUGCGUACUAUUUAAUUGUUGCUCAGCGAGUUGUGCAUCAGUACAUUUACAAUUACCGUAGCUUUGUCUUGAGCAUUGUGAGUCGAAUGAGAUCUAAUCCUUUAGGCGA